UGCACUUUUACUUUCGUUCUCUUUCAUCUUUAAAACGAAGAAGACAAAGGGCCCAGUGGCUGAGGAAGCUCAAAGCCACGCCACCGCAUUAAGGCACCACUCUUUCUCUCUCAAACACUUUUGUUCUCCCCAUUCUCUUGUCUUCUUCCCAGAUUUCAGAUUUUACCAAAAGCAAAGCAAGACUCUAUUUUAAGAAGAAACUUCUAUUUCUGGCGGUUACCCGAUUCCAGCUUAUUUGUCUUCCGGGGAACAAUGUCCUGCGGUUCCAUAUCCGGCUUAGCACAGGAAAGCUUAAGUCUCUACGAAAUCACUCUCUUCUUUCUCUCCUGUUUAAGUUCUCUUUAGACUGUUAGUCUCUGUUCGGGUAGUGGAAAAUGUUGUUGUACACCUUUUUGUCUGCUUUAUUCUUGCUUCCGGUUCUUGUUCUCUCCAAAGACCCGGCCUUUACCGACGACAUUCUGGGUCUGAUUGUCUUCAAAGCAGAUAUUAUAGACCCGGAAUCAAAGCUCAAAUCUUGGAGUGAAGAUGAUGCUGAAAAUCCCCCCUGCAAGUGGAAGGGUAUUAAAUGUGAUCCUCAGUCUAACAGAGUUACUGAGGUUGUUCUUGAUAAUUUAUCUCUUUCUGGGCAUAUAGGAGGGAGAGGCCUUUUGAAGUUGCAGUUUUUAAGAGUUUUAUCUUUGUCAAGCAACAGUUUCACUGGGAAUAUAAAUCCCUUUCUUGCCCAAAUUCCUACAUUGAGUUUAAUUGAUCUGAGUCAAAAUAGUUUAUCUGGCUCUAUCCCUAAUGAGUUCUUCACACAAUGUGGCUCCCUAAGGGUAGUUUCAUUUGCAAUGAACAACCUCACUGGACAAAUCCCGGCCACUCUAAGUACAUGCUCAACAUUGGAGAGGGUCAACAUGUCCUCAAACAGGUUCUCCGGUCAGCUCCCUAAUGAACCAUGGUAUUUGUUUUCUUUAAAGUCAUUUGAUGUUUCUAAUAAUCUUCUAGAAGGUCCGAUUCCAAAGGGACUAGAGAAUUUACAGGCAUUGACGUCGUUGAGAAUGAAUAGGAAUAGUUUUAAUGGUCAGCUGCCUGAAAGUAUUGGGAACUGCAGGCUUUUGGAAUCCCUUGAUCUGAGUGAUAAUGCACUUACUGGACGCCUUCCUGACUCAAUGCAGAAACUGGGUUCAUGCGUAUAUCUUAAUUUAAGCAGAAAUAUGUUAAUGGGAAAGGUUCCAGACUGGAUAGGAUAUAUGAAAGGGACGGAGAUUCUUGAUCUUUCUGGAAAUGUGUUUUCAGGUCGGAUUCCAGAUUCCAUAGGAAAACUUCAGUUCUUGAAGGAGGUAAAUUUGUCAAACAACCGGCUCACAGGAAGCUUGCCAGGUUCUUUAAUGAAUUGUUCUCAUCUUGUGGUUCUAGAUGUGAGCAAAAACCGGUUCAACGGUAAUCUGCCUCCAUGGAUUUUCCAGUCUGGUUUAAUUAUUAUGUUUCUAUCUGGGAAUAAGUUUUCUGGGAGUAUGAAACAAUCAACUCUUACAGCCUCUUAUCAAACUCUUGAAGUUUUGGAUUUAUCUUCCAAUGCAUUGUCUGGUGAAAUCCCAUCUUCCAUUGGGAAUUUUAGCCAGUUACGGAUCUUGAAUGUUUCUAAGAACUCUUUCUUUGGUGGAAUUCCUAAGACUUUGUUUGGAAAGCUAAAGCUUGCUCGAGUUCUUGAUAUGAGUCACAAUCUGCUAAAUGGAAGCAUCCCUUCAGAAAUUGAACACGCGGCUUUAUUGCAGGAACUGAGGCUGGAAGGUAAUCUCCUGACAGGAGUGAUUCCUACCGAAAUUCAGAAUUGCAUCUCUUUAACAUCUUUGAUUCUGUCAAAGAACAAGCUCACCGGUGAGAUCCCUUCUGUGAUUGCGAAGCUAACAAACCUUCAGAUUGUGGACUUAUCUCUCAACAACUUCUCCGGGACAAUACCAAAAGAAUUAACCAACCUUUCCCAGCUGGUCUCCUUUAACAUCUCCCACAACCGUCUGGAAGGCGAACUGCCAGUAGGUGCCUUUUUCAACCACAUUCCACUCUCAGCAGUGGUCGAAAAUCCAUCCCUUUGUGGCUCAUUAUUCAACCACUCUUGCCCGUCCGAUCACUCAAAACCAAUCGUCUUUGACGUGAAUUCAACCAUUCAGAAUCACAAUGCAACCUCUCUUGCCCGUAACCAUAAGAGAAACAUGCUCAGCAUAUCCUCUCUUUUCGCUAUCGGUGCUGCUGUUGUCAUUGCUCUUGGUGUGGUCACUAUCAGUAUUGUGAAUUUACUCGUCCCAUCUUCUUCAAGACAGGAUGCUGAUGUGGCAUUUCUUGGCAUGGAUGAAUUGAGUAAUUCCAAUGGUGGCACCGAAGAAGCCAACUAUGGGAAACUCAUUAUGUUUUCUAUUGAUGCCGAUUUUGGUUCAUGGACCGAACCAGUUCUGAACAAGGAUUCCGAACUCGGACGCGGUGGAUUCGGAUCGGUUUAUCGGACUGAACUAAAAGAUGGACUAUGUGUGGCCAUAAAGAAACUAAACGUGUCAAGCUUAAUCAAGUGUCAGGAAGACUUCGAGAGGGAAGUCACAACCCUUGGAAAAGUCAAGCACCCGAACCUGGUGGUUAUUGAAGGCUACUAUUGGACCCCUACCUUACAACUCAUAAUCAACGAAUAUGUAAGUGGAGGAAGUCUUUAUAAACAUCUUCACGAGGAAAACCCCGAAGGCGUACUUUCUUGGAUGCAAAGGCUCAAAAUCAUUUUGGGUGUAGCCAAAGGGUUAGCCCACUUGCAUGGGAUGAACAUGAUUCACUAUGACAUUAAGUCUACCAAUGUUCUUAUAGACGGGUCGGGAGAUCCAAAGAUAGGGGACUUUGGGUUGGCUAGGCUGUUGCCCGUGGUGGACCGAUAUACCUUAAGCAGCAAAAUUCAGAGUGCAUUGGGGUAUAUGGGUCCUGAGUUUGGGUGCCAAACGGUGAGAAUAACCGAAAAGUGUGACGUGUAUGGAUUUGGGGUCUUAAUAUUAGAAGUAGUGAGUGGGAAGAAGCCGGUGGAGUACAUGGAGGACGAUGUGAUAGUAUUGUGUGAUUAUGUGAAGGGAGCUUUGGAGCAUGGUAAAGUGGAGGAGUGUGUUGAUAAGAGGUUGGAAGGUGUGUUUUCCAUGGAGGAGGUGGUUUCGGUCAUAAAACUUGGACUCAUUUGUGCAUCUCAAGUACCUUCAAAUAGGCCAGACAUGGAAGAAGUUAUCAGAAUCCUGGAACUCAUACAGUCUUCUUCUACUGAAAGCCGAGACGAUGAUCUGGGAUGUAUUUAAGGGGUCGUUUGUCUGUUAAACAAGAUUACAAUGGGAGUUUUUCAGUGAAGAGUGAUCUUUUUUGCUUUUUCGGGUGUGAAAUUUAUUCAAUUUUUGUUUCGUGUAUUUCUAUGAUUCAAGUGAUUGGUUACUCUUCACUGGCUGAAACUUCUGUAGGCUUUUUGAAAUUUUAUUUAGUGAAAAGAAAAUCUUCAUACAGAUGAUUGGACUAUUGGAUCCAUGGACAGUGUUUAUUGUUUAAUUUAUUUGUCUAGCAUAUGUUGUUUGCAAA